AUGGCUGAAAGCAUGUUGCCUCCUCCUACGAAGUUCAAUAUCGAAGCCACAGAUGCAUACAUAGAAUGGAAAGCUUGGAUAGAGUCUUUUAAUAUCUAUGCUGUAGCGGUCGAGCUUGAAAAAAAAGUCGGAUGGUGUCCAAACAGCGACAAUGCUGCAUUGCCUAGGGCCGGUGGUGCAAAGAAUCUUUAGAACAUUGUCCGGCAAGAAAGAAAGUUUUAAAGAGGCAGUUGAAGCUCUUGAAGGCUAUUUCACGCCGAGAAGAAACGUCAUUGCUGAAAGACACAAGUUUCGCAGUCGAAAACAAAAUGCUGAUGAGACAAUCGAUGCGUAUCUAACGUCGUUAAGGGAAUUGGUAAAAACAUGUGAAUUCGGGGCGCUCGAAGACGAAAUGCUAAGGGAUCAUAUCGUAGAAAAAUGCUAUUCAAAACAACUAAGAGAAAGACUCUUAGCUCAGGAAGAACUAGACCUGGCUAAGACCCUCAGAAUAGCAAGAAGUAGCGAAAGCGCCAUAAAAGAAAGACGAAAGUGCAUAGAAACAUCCGUGCAAUUCGAUGCAAAGAUUCAGAUAGUAAUGAAUCGUGUAUUGAAAGCGAAUCCGAAGACAAACAGAUUCUGUUCAUGGAAGGGCAAGACAGUCCUGUCCAGAUUACAGUCAAUGGUCGCAAGAUAA